GCCCACGUGUGACAUAAUCCAAGAUGGCGGCGGCGGUUGGACGACUGCUCCGGACUUCUGCGCGGGUUGCAGCAGGAGGGCUGAAAGUCACAGCGGCCUGUCAGCAUGGCGUCUGCGGAGCCACAAGGGCACUGGCGGCUCCUGCACUCCAGACAUCCCCUUUCUCCACCAACGCGUCCAGAUGGGCCCCUGCUGUCACUCAGCCGGCCCCGGCCUUCAAAGCUACAGCCGUCCACGACGGGGAGUUCAAGGAGAUGAGCCUGGCUGAUUUCAAGGGCAAAUACCUGGUUCUUUUCUUCUACCCAUUAGACUUCACAUUCGUGUGUCCGACAGAGAUCAUCUCCUUCAGUGACAAGGCCAACGAGUUUCAUGACGUCAACUGUGAGGUGGUGGGAGUGUCUGUGGAUUCCCACUUCACCCACCUCGCAUGGAUCAAUACGCCGCGAAAGACGGGAGGUUUGGGCCACAUCCACAUCCCUCUGCUGUCAGACCUCAGUAAGCAGAUCUCCAGAGAUUACGGGGUGCUGCUGGAGCAGCCGGGAAUUGCGUUGAGGGGCUUGUUCAUUAUUGAUCCCAACGGCGUGGUGAAGCACAUGAGCGUGAACGACCUGCCAGUCGGCCGGUGCGUAGAAGAGACUCUUCGCUUGGUGAAGGCGUUCCAGUUCGUUGAGACUCACGGGGAAGUGUGCCCGGCCAGCUGGACCCCCGAGUCCCCGACGAUCAAACCCACCCCAGAGGGAUCCAAGGAGUACUUUGAAAAGGUCAACUGAAGUUCUCAGGCUGAAAUGCUGCAAAUCUGAACAACUGCACUGUUAGUUUGCAGAAUACGAUGUACUCAUGCAAAGCUGAAUAUAAAUAAAUAUUACUAAAUUA